AUGCCCAAAUUUCGAAUCGUAGGCGGCAAAGGAAAAAAAAACAAAAAAUCUGAUCCACCUCCAUUUCUUCCAGAUUAUUUAAGAGAUUCUUCGUUAGAUAUAUAUAAUAGUAUAGCAAAAUAUCCAAUUCAGAUACCUACAUAUUGGAAUGUAAACGAUUGUUCUAGAGACCUAAACAUUGAAGGCAAUUUACUUUCGAUUAAAUAUAAUGGAGAACAUAGGUCUGCAGCAGUUAGAGCAAAUAAUUGUAUCCCAAAAGAAACUGGAAUUUAUUAUUUUGAGAUUGACAUUCUAGAAGGUGGAGAUGAUAAUAUAAUAUCAAUCGGUGUCUCAACGUUAAAUCCUAGUCUUAGCAGACAAGCAGGAUGGGACCCAGGUUCAGUAGGCUAUCACGGUGACAAUGGCAAGAAGUAUCUUGAAUAUGGACAUGGAAUCAAAUAUGGACCAACUUUUACGACCGGCGACACAAUUGGUUGUUGCAUAAAUUUUUAUUCAUGGACAAUAUUUUUUACUAAAAACGGUGUUAAUUUAGGAUUCGCCUGUUCUUCAAAUACAUUCGAAAAAUUAUACCCAGUUGUAGGAAUGAAAAGUUUAAAUUCUCGGAUAGAGGCGAAUUUCGGAAGUAGACCCUUUAAAUUUGAUAUCCAACUAUACACUAAG